CUUAUACUACAGCAAAGCUAUCAUGUGAGAACCUAUAUGCGAGCUUAUACUUCUCUUGGCAGGUAGCUCUAAGCCCAAAGCAAGCACAAUAAAUACAGAGCUCUGACAGAACGGACGAACCAGUGCAUCUAAACUGCCAGUGAAAUAAAACGAUAUUGUUUGUAAAAAUCACACAAAAAUCUCACAGUUUUUGUAUCUGUUAUUGUGAUAGUAGUAAUUCAAACGUAUUCUCGAAGGAUCAUAAACAAACUAAUCGAUACAAAAUGUCACACAUUGAUAUCGACAAGCCGUUAUGGGACUUGAAGACAUUUACCGGACGGUUCAUGCAUUUUCUCUGGGUAACGGAUCCCAGAACGUGUUUCACCCCGGAGGAAGAACUUCUUAAAGCCAAGGAGUUGGUGCUGAAAGUACGGAAGGAUCAACUGCCACCACCAAAUGUGUCGAUGGAAGAAAUUUAUCGCGCCAAAAAGCUGUAUGAAAGUGCAUUCCAUCCUGACAGUGGAGAGCUGCAGAAUAUCUUCGGACGAAUGAGUUUCCAAAUGCCCGGUGGAAUGGCCAUUACUGGUGCCAUGUUGCAGUUUUACAGAACUAAUACAGCUGUUAUCUUCUGGCAGUGGGUCAAUCAAUCUUUCAAUGCAUUAGUAAACUACACUAACCGAAAUGCUAAUUCGUCAUUGACAACUACACAACUGGUAGUAUCUUAUGUUUCAGCGACGAGCUCAGCCCUGGUCGCAGCGGUUGGGUACAAGGGUUAUCUGACCAGAACGGCCAGUCCCUUUUUCCAGCGUUAUGUUCCAUUUGUAGCAGUCGCCGUGGCGAAUUGCAUCAAUAUUCCACUGAUGCGACAGAAUGAGCUCAUUUACGGAAUCGACAUACAGGAUGAAAACGGUAACAACGUGGGAAAAAGUCGAGUGGCAGCGGCGAAGGGAAUAAGUCAGGUGAUAUUUUCUCGCAUUGCUAUGUGCGCUCCAGGAAUGUUGAUUCUGCCUGUUAUAAUGGAAAAACUGGAAACGUACAAAUCCUUCAGGAGACUUUCAUUCCUACACGCACCAUUCCAAGUGAUGGUGGUAGGAUGCUUCUUAACUGUGAUGGUGCCGACUGCAUGUGCACUGUUCCCACAAACUGCAUCUUUGAACACCAACGUCAUGCGAAUAAUGGAGCCCGAGUUCUACGAACAAAUGAAGAAAAAUGGUUCUGUCCCAGAGAAAGUAUACUUCAAUAAAGGAUUGUAAGCGAAACGAUGCCCCAAAGAUCUGUGUAGUAUUUCCGUGCUAGUACAUAUGUGAUGCAAAAUUAUGAAAUAAACGCCUAACGAUUUGAUGAUGAUAAA